UCAUAAUCCGAUUUUUAUUUUUUUUAUUUUUUAUUUUUUAUUUUUUAUUUUUAAGGGAAAAAAAAAAGGUAUAAGGGCGAAUGCCUAAUGGAUUCCGGUACGAGGAGGAGGAAAGGGCCGACGAGGAGGAGGAGGGGCAGGCGGAGGAGGAACACGAGGAGGAGGAGGAAUGGUGAUGAUGAUGAGGUGGACGCGGGGGAGGAGGCGGAGGAGGAGGAGGAGGAGGAGGAGGAGGAGGAAGGAGAUGCAGAGGACGAGGAGGAGGAGCAGGAGGAGGAGGGGCAAAAAGAAGAUGUAGAAGACGAGGAGGAGGAGGGGAAGGAGGAGGAGGAGAAUGAGAAGGAGGAGGAGAGAGAGGAGGACGACGUAGAAGAGGCGGAGGACGAGGAGGAACGAGGACGAGGAGGAGGAGGAGGAAGAUAAGAUGUAGAAGACGAGGAGGAGGAGGAGGAGGAGGAGAAGAUGAUGACGAGGAGGAAAUGGAGGACAACCAAGGAGAGGAGGAGGAGAAGGAGGAGGAGAGAGAGGAGGACGACACAUAAGAGGGGGAGGACGAGGAGAGGAGGAGGAAGGAUGCGGACAGGGAGGAGGGGGGCAAUGGAGCCGCCGUGUCUAACAAAUCGUUGUAGCUAGA